AUGGAGCCCCCCUUGAGCAAGAGGAGCCCGGCCCUGAGGUUGGCGGAUUUGGCAGCGGCUCAGCCCCACCCGCACCAGCACAUGACAGGCUUCCCGGGGCUGGGCACCCACCACGGCCACCCCCACCACGCGGCCCACCUCCACCCGGGGGACGCGGGCGGCGACCCCGGCGGCGCCCUCCCUCCGCUGGGCCCCGAGCACAUGGCGCAGCCCGCCGCCGCCCUCAAGCUCGCCCCCGAGGCGCUCACCGCCGCCGCCGCCGCCGCCGCCGCCGCCUUCUCCGCGCCCUCCGCCGCCGCCGCCGCCGCCGCCGCCUCCGCCGCCGUCUACGCGCCGCCCGCCGCCGCCCUGCCGGGCUACCCGUCGGGGGGCGCCGCGGCCCGGGACUUCCUCCUGCGCCGGGACCCCCAAAGCUCCGCGCAGGGGGCCGCGGGCGAGCAGCACCCGCCCGCCGGCUCCCCUCACCUCCCACCGCCCCACGGCGUGUUCGUGCCGCCGGCCGCCGGCGCCUACGGCUCCCCCGACGGCGCGCACGCCGCCGCCUCCUUCCCCCCGCCGGCGUCCGGCGAGCGGCAGGGGCCGCUGAACGGGCAGCUGCGCCUGGGGCUGGCGGCCGGCGAGCUGUACGGCCGCGCCGAGGCGCAUUACGGGGCCGCCGCCGCCGCCUCGGCGCUGCAGGGCUACGGCCCCGUCGGGCUGGGGCUGGCGGCGGCGGGCCACGGGCAGCCGCCCCCUCCCCACGGCCCCCACGGGCAGCCGCACGUCGGGGCGGCGGCCGGAGCCUUCGUGCGCUACAUGCGGCAGCCCAUCAAGCAGGAGCUGAUCUGCAAGUGGAUCGAGAGGGAGGCGCCGGCGGGGGGCAGGAAGCCCUGCUCCAAAACUUUCGGCACCAUGCAGGAGCUGGUGAGCCAUGUCACCGUGGAGCACGUCGGCGGGCCCGAGCAGAGCAGCCACGUGUGCUACUGGGAGGAGUGUCCCCGCGAAGGCAAGCCCUUCAAAGCGAAAUACAAACUCAUCAACCACAUCCGAGUGCACACGGGAGAGAAGCCCUUCCCCUGCCCCUUCCCCGGCUGCGGGAAGGUCUUCGCCCGCUCCGAAAACCUCAAGAUCCACAAGCGGACUCACACAGGGGAGAAGCCCUUCAAGUGCGAGUUCGACGGCUGCGACAGGAAGUUCGCCAACAGCAGCGACCGCAAGAAGCACUCCCACGUCCACACCAGCGACAAACCCUACUACUGCAAGAUCCGGGGCUGCGACAAGUCCUACACCCACCCCAGCUCCCUGCGCAAGCACAUGAAGAUCCACUGCAAGUCCCCGCCGCCCUCCCCGCCUCCCCCCGGCUGCUACGCGGCCGCCGGGCCCCCCGACGGGCCGCUGCCCCCCGAGGCCGACCCCGCGGCAGAGCCGCCCCGUGUCCCCUUGUCCCCGCCGGUCACCAACCUCAGCGAGUGGUACGUCUGCCAGGCCGGCGGGGCCCCCCGACGGCCGCGCACCCCCUCCAGCCGCGCCGCCUCCCCGGCCUCCGAAGGGGACGAGCCCCACAGGACCUCGGGGGGCAGAGCCGCCCCAUAGGGCCGGGCCGGGCCGGGCCGGGCUGGGGCCGUGCCGAGCCGUGCCGGGCCGUGUAGGGCCGUGCCGGGCCGUGCCGUCGGUGCCCCGGCCCCGUCGCAGCCGCCUUGGCCCCGCGGGCUGGCGUGGAAGCGCCGUCAGGUUUGACCCGCGCUAUUUAUUCCGUGUACGAAACCCUAUGGUGUUUGUACGGUAACUAAUUUAAUUAAAGACACUCGGACCUUCUUCUUCCUUUUUUUUUUUUUUUUUAAUUAUUAUUUUUAUAUAUUUUUUAUUAUUAUUAUUUUAUUUUUUUUCGAAAUCUCCCGUUCUGCUGCGCACAGGAACGCCGCCACCACGCCGAGCCACAGCCCCGGCCCCUGCGGAGCUGCCCCCGGCCGUGCCAUAAAGGGGGGACCGGGGCCGGGCGGGGGUCUCCCAGGCUGGGAGCACCCCCAGCCCCUCCUGGCAGCCCCCAGAGCCCCUCGCAGCCUCCUGAAGCCGGCACCUGCUGGGGCUGCCGCCGGCCGAGGGCAGGGUGCGCUCCCCGUGAAACGACCCGAAAUGAACUAAAGGGGGGGUUUUACCCCCCCCGUCCCCGCAGCUCAGCCCCGGUGCGAUCGUGGCCGAGGCCCCGAUCCUUUCGGCCUCGGCUGCGACCAUGUGCGAGGGAUUUGGGGACGGGGAGACAAAAGGGUGCAGCGCUCCCUCCCCGCUCCUCCGCGGUCUGUGCGCCCACGGCUCCCCAGCCACGGGCGGAGAAUAAAAGAAAACCCGCUGCUACUUGA